AUGAAUACGCGAGCAGCCAUCAACGACUCGCCGCCGCCGCCGGCGCUGUCCGUCGCAUACAACAGCGACCUCUCCCAUUUCAGCGUCGCCCUCGAGAACGGCUUUCGCAUCUAUGACACGCAGGACUGCAGACCGGUGAAGGUCCGCGACCUCGGCCAAGGGUUGGGCUGCGUUGAGAUGGUCGGCAAGACAAACUACCUGGCCCUUGUUGGGGGUGGAAAGAGCCCCAAGUUUGCCCAAAACAAGAUCAUUUUCUGGAACGAGAGCAAACAAGAGCCCACGCUCACCUUCGAGUUCAACACCCCUGUCCAGCGCGUCCGCCUGAACCAGAAGUACCUCGUCGCCGUCCUGCUUAACAGCAUCCACGUCUACAAGUUAUCGGCUCGCCCGGAGAAACUGAAGGAGUUCGAGACGGCCAACAACCCAUUUGGCUUAUGCUGCCUGAACCAGGACAUCGUCGUCUUCCCUGGACGCACUCCCGGCCAGGUGCAGAUUCUCGAACUUGCGACCAGAAAUAUCAACAUUAUCCCCGCACAUUCCAACGCUCUUCGGGCCCUUUCCCUUAGCCCGGACGGUACGAUAAUUGCAACCGCUAGCGAGCAAGGCACCCUAAUCCGCUUGUGGAUGGCCGACAAUGGCGCAAAGUUCGGUGAGUACAGGCGUGGCGUUGAAAGUGCUACCAUCUUCUCCAUUGCACUUUCACCAUCCAACGCCUUCAUGGCGGUGACGUCAGAUACUGGGACCCUGCACAUAUUCGAUCUGCCCUACGCGACUCGGCCGUCUUCAUCCGGCGGCCGCCCUGCGAGUGUCAACAGCGACUUCUCCGGGGCCCUCGAGUCCGGCAACGGUGCGGCGGAGCCGUCGCACGCAUCGAAGUGGGGUUUCUUCUCCAAGAUACCCAUGGUCCCUCGCAUCUUCUCCGACGUGUAUUCUACUGCAUCUGCCAAGUUUGAAAUCGGGGACGAGCCCGAGCUGUCUGCCACGUACGCGCGCCGAGGGACCAACAGCACUGCUGUCGGAAACACGUCGUCUGCCAUGGGAGGCGGCCUCAACUGGAACACCCCGAUCCAAGGCGUCGCCGGCGGUCGCCCCCCGAAGGGCGUGAUCGGAUGGAUCAACGAAUCGGAGCUGCUCAUCAUAGGUGCCGGCCAAGAUGCGCGCUGGGAGAGGUUCCGCGUCGGCAUCGCUGAGGACGGUCGUAGAGCUGUCUGGAAGGAUGGCUGGAAGAGGAUCAUGGAGUAA